UUGUAAGUUUUGGGCAGAACGUAAAUAGGUUAGGAAAUCAAAUAAGUUGGAUAGCCAAAUUUGAACCACUAAUUCAAUUCAAAAUGUUAUCGCAAUUGUUAAUUACUCCAUUUUCCCCUCGAAGAAUCAAGUUAUCAACAACAAACCAAAAUCAAAGAGAGACGAUGAUGAUGAUGAUGAUGAACACCAUUCUCUAUUUUCAUGCCAAAUCUUUCUCUCUUUACUGAUUUUGCCCAUUCAAAAUUUUCAUCUUCUACAUCAAUCCUAAACCAUGUCACUCACUUCCCCACUCUUGUAUUCCUUUUCAAUUCCCAAAUCCCCACUCCCAAUUUCCACAGAUUUUGCCCCUACUUUUCAACUUCCUACCGGAGUCUCAUUCCGGCGACCCAUCUCCCGUCUGGGUUUUCCCUCCAAAACCAUGGUGGUUUUGCUCGGUACGGGUUUCACUCUUGCCCUUUUGGGACCUGAAUCCGCUUCUGCUGCCACGGAAUUGUCAUCUUCGCUGCUUUUUAACGAGCCCCAAAAUGCUCUCUCCUUGCCCACCUGGGCCAUUCAUGUUUCCAGCGUUGUUGAAUGGAUUACAGCAAUGGCUUUGGUGUGGCAAUAUGGAGAGAAAUCUGGUAAUGAGUCUUGGAAAGGACUUUCUUGGGGAAUGGUACCAUUGCUAGGUGGAGCAUUUUGUGCUUGCACAUGGCAUUUUUUCUAUAACUCUGAGUCUCUUGAGGUUUUGGUGGCCAUUCAGGCAAUGCUAACAGCUAUAGGAAAUGCCACAAUGUGCAUUGCUGCAUUUCGCAUUUACAAAUCAUCACAAGAACGUUCAAAGAACUUGUAAAGCAAACUCAAGCUAAGUCUCUGUUUAUAUUAAUAAAAGCAAAGCUCUUGAAAGGGAAAAAGAAAGAGAGAAAAAAUUGAAGAAGAUGGUCGUUGAAGGGGAAGGCAUAAAGACAUGAUAUGAACCAAAGAAUAAGGAAAUUUAGGGACAUAGGGACCGACCCCCAAAUGGCCAAUUGAUGGGGUCAUAGUGAGUGUCAUUAGAACUCAUAUUUUCGCAACAUGUGAUGCCUUUGGACAAAGCAACACAUGGGCAUGCUAAAGGGUCACAUGUAACACCCUAAUUAAGAGGGACAUGUAUAAUUAUAUAUACAUAUAUAUAUAUUAUAUGAUUUUUGAUAUUAAUAUAUGUCUAUAUCCCACAA